AUGGUCCUUGCGAUAUGUCCAGUUUUGGCUGGAGAUGGAAUCCUGAAUGGUCUGCGCGGAGAAGCAAGGCGCAUAGAAGACAAGUUCACCAAUGCUGGGAUGGAACUCAAGAACGUGAGCAUUUGCUUUGACACCAGUGGGUGUCAUGGGAACCGGACCGCAUAUGUGAACAUUGUUUCCAUCCCAGCGUAUGCUGAAUGUUUUGCGAUCUUUACGUUGACCCAAGCCAAGGAGACUAUUGCACCCCGGAAAGUGGUGGUUUGCGACAUGAUGUCCGAGUUGCAGUCAGAGGCAUAUUUGGCAUGCUAUUCAGAGUGCUUCAACCCGACCAUCUUCAACUUUGCAGUGACACAGGAGUGGAAGACCGGGACUGGGCUAAUGGGCAGCAUGGCACCGAAGUUCCAAAAGGAACCAGACCUUUCAGAUGUCAUGGAGCCAAGACUUCCAGUGAUGAAGUUGUGCAAAUUGAAUCCUGAUUGGCGUGUUCGAUUGAAGAAUUUUGAUUCCAUCUUCGCAGAGUCUUCAAGGGAUGCAGCAGAAAUCCAAGUACCAACUGCUGCUGAUGCCGAGCGAGAUUUGGGGGAAGCUCCAGCGGAGCCAGUGGAGACGCCAGAUGCCAGUACAACCUGUGAGCCACCUUCCAUGACUGCCGCUGAGUUCAGGACUAAGUACCCAGAAAGCGCAAGUCCUUUGGUGGUGACAUUGAAUUUGGGCCCUGGUCAGCCCGUCACUUGUACGUUUGUGGAUGGCAAAGUUUAUUUGAGCUCGACAGCGAACACACGUAUCCUCGGUGCUUGCACGGCCAAUGCCCGACCGCUGGACUUCAUGUCGAAGGAGGCCAAUGCAAACAAGGCAGUUGAGUUCAAUUUGUCCAGCUCAAAUGAACGUGUGGUAUUGGAGGAACAGACUUCCACAGGUCUCCAGGAUGUUGGGCCGAUGUCGGUCUAUCAGCUCCUUGUCUCCUUCGAGAAGCGAGGCCAUUUGGAUCUGAAAUUGACCGGACACCAAUGCGAGCGUCCACCAGAAGUUCAGCGAGGUGAAAGAAGUGAUGCCAUCAAUGUGACUCAGGUGGAGCAUUCGGUUUUCAAACCAAACGCUGUUUUGCCCGCAAAAGCAAAAGGGACCAACAUUGCUGGUGUGAUCGGUGUGAAGUGCCUGGCAGCCUCGGAAUUUUUGGUUCUGCUAUGGCGAUCCUUGGGCAUCCGCCACUAUUCACGUGAGAAAGUACUGGGGCCUGCGAAGCCUCUUUGGUUUGCCCGCGCUGAUAUCGUGCUACGUGCAGACCACUACUACCAGGUGGCAUAG